AUGGUGGAGGAGGGAGCCCCGCGUUACUCGGACAGCCAGCCUCUGACCCCAGAGCAGCAAUUUGUUGUGAUGCACCAGCACGAAGAGGAGAUCAGCAAAGGACAACAGGCACCCACAGAGGAAGAUCUGGAGAGAUACUGCUAUUACAUCCAUAAAGGCAUUCGGAAAGACAUGUUAGCGCUGCAGGAUGAAAACGUGCUGAACAAUAUUUUGACUCACAUCCCAAGUAUUUUCCUCGCCAGCCCGGAUCUGGAGGGGUUAUUGAACAGCUUGAUGGAAGAAAUUCAAAGCGACUACCAGAUUUGGCUCAUGAAAAACAUCGUUGAUUACAUCUUGAUGGAUCCACAGGAGAAGAAAAGACUCUUUAUACGCAACGUUCCUCAACCUUUUCCCCAACGAGUCAUCCGGGCUCCCGUUCCUUGGCACAAAAUUUACCAAGAAACCAAAAUCUGGAACGAAACCCAUCUCUUCACAGUUAAUCCUAUGAUGUUCGCUCUGCAGCAACUCUGGUUUACCGAGUUUACGGAUCUGAGAUUUGUUCGUACCAAGGAGAUCCUGCAGGGCGAUUUGCCCCUCUUGCCAAGCGAAUUUGAAGAGCUGAUUCAAAGGCAGUGCCAGGAAGCUCACGAAAUCCUUCAGACCAGGUGGAUCCCCAGGUGCGCAGAGCUCUUUGUGGAGCAGAAAGAGAAGUGGUUGCACCUGGCCCCGCAGAAUGACUUGGAUUCUUCUCAGCAAAUAGAGGAAUACUUCGCAUCGGUGGCCAUCCUGAUGUCCUUGCAGCUGAGGGAGAUGGUCAUCAAUUCUCUAGAGGAUCUCCUCGAUUUUUUUAAGAUACAUAAGGAUGGCAAUGAUUUCGGUGAAGUUUAUCAAGACAUGCAGUUUUUCAUUCCUCAAAUAUUGGUCCUUAAACUUGACGUGGAAGAUCCAUCUAUUAUAUUUGAUCCCGACGUGCAGACUUUGUGGGAUCUAGUCUACCGCUGUUUUCUUGAGAUUCUCAAACAUUCUGAAAGUCUCCCAAAGGUUCAAGUGAAACUUUUCCCAGAGUUAAAAGGAGAGGACCUCAUUCUUCGCACCGUCAACAAGGAUGAAACGUUGGUGGCGAGCUAUGUACAAAAAACGGCAGAGAUAUUUCAUCUCAACCUAAUCGGUCCACAGAAAUACUUGAACGUGUACAGGAAAUACAACGAUCUCUUGAAUAACAAUGCCGACAAGGAGGUGACUGAAUUUUUAAGCAAAAGGCAUGACCUGGAAGACUUUGUAGAGAAAAUCGAUGGCUUGACCAAACUGAAGAAAGAAAUUGGUUCCUUGCACGUCACCGUCCCGUUGGCUCUCUUCUGCCUGGACGCUUUGAAACUGAAUGAAGAACUUUGCACUCGGACCCAGCGGCUGAAGGACAGAUUGAUUGAGUUUGAAGUAGAGGAAAACAGGAACCUCAACAAGAGCAUUUGCAACCAGUACAAUAUCAUCGCCGACAAAGUCAGCGAAGUGCCUUUGACCACCGAGCAGCUGGUGGAGCUGACAGCCUACCUGAAGAAAUCCAGCGAAGUCACCGUCUUCAAGCUGCGCCGUGAAAUCCGAGAAGCCAUUUACCGGCUGGAGUUCCUGAUGGACUACGCCGACCUUCCUAGGCCUGUUCUCCAGUUGAAUGCGGAAGAAAUCACGGAGGACGUCGCCAAUAUGUGGCGAACCAUGUACAAAUUGACAAAGACCUUUAUCGAUCUUCCUGGCCCCAAGCGGAUGGCAGAGAACGUGAAAUAUAAAAUUGACAAAUUCAAACAACAUCUGCCCGUCCUUUCAAUUGCCUGCAAUCAUGGGAUGAAAGACCGACAUUGGGAACAGAUCAGUGAGAUUGUGGGCUAUGAGAUACGGCCAGAUGAAACUACUUCGUUGAUGAACAUGUUGGAAUAUGGACUAUCGAAAUAUAUUGACAAAAUUGAGCCAAUCGGCGCAGCUGCCAGUAAAGAAUAUUCCUUAGAGAAAAACAUGGAAAAGAUGAAAUCGGAAUGGGUCAACAUCCGCUUCACUUUUGUGAAAUAUAGGGAUACGGAUACCAGCAUCCUUUCGGCCAUCGAUGACAUUCAACUUUUGCUGGAUGACCACAUCAUCAAGACGCAGACCAUGUGUGGCUCUCCGUUUAUCAAGCCGAUCGAAGCAGAAUGUCGGGUUAAAGACACCCGGGUCCUCAUUGCUACGGAACAGCCCAAGAUGUUGAACCGACUUCAAGAAGCAAAUAUGUUUUUGGAAGACAUCCAGAAGGGCCUGAACAAUUACUUAGAAAAGAAGAGAUUAUUUUUCCCAAGGUUCUUCUUCCUUUCCAACGAUGAGCUGCUGGAGAUUUUAUCUGAAACCAAAGAUCCUCUCCGCGGCAUGGUUGAGAAGUGGCUGUUACAGGUGGAAGAAAUGAUGUUAGCCAGCAUUCGGCAAGUCAUGGAAAAUGGCAUCAAAGGGUACGAUGAGGCAUUUUUGGAGAAAAGCAACAAGCAGAUUGGGGAGAUCGUGGAGCUGGUGAGAGGGAAGCUGUCCAGCGGAGCCCGUCUGACCCUGGGUGCCCUCACCGUCAUUGAUGUGCAUG